GUUGCUUUUCUGGUCAAGUCACACUUAUUCUGAAGGAUCCAGGCCGGACGUCGUAUUGUUUGUGUCCGCGCGCGAGGGAAGUUGAGUCGCUAUCUUGAGUGUAAAGGCUGUAAAAGUAACGUAAUAUAAAGUUAGGAAGUAGUUUGUGUCAAAGUUUUCUUUUGGGUGAUAGUCGCAUUGGGGCAUUUAACAUAGCCAAGUGAGGUCACAUUAGCAACUAAGCUGUAGCUAACUUCAAUUUAUAAACGCAUGUGUGUUUAAUUUUUCUGCCCAUAAUAAGCAAGCUAAUGUUAGCCAGCUUACUAAGCGUAGCUAACUUCACUGGCAACUAAAAAAACGUCGACGUUUAGAGCUAACGUUGCCGUUAAAUUGUAACGUACUUGUCGUUUUGUUCUCGUACUUAAAGAGAAAGGGAAGGUUUGUUGUAGUGUUGUUAGUUAGCAGCCGUUGUUGGGAAUGUCACCUAUGUAUGGUCGCAGUCAUGAAUGGUCAACGAACAUAUCAGACAGCGACUCGGAAGAGCCCAAGCUCCCUCUCAAUCAGUUCUAUCCAUAUAUCCGCUGUGCCCUUUGCUGCGGCUUCCUCAUCGAUGCCACCACUAUCACAGAGUGCCUGCAUACAUUUUGCAAAAGCUGCAUCGUGAAGCACUUUUUCUACAGCAACAGGUGUCCCACAUGCAGCAUUGUAGUCCACCAGACACAACCACUAUACAACAUCAGGCCUGAUAGACAACUGCAAGAUAUUGUUUACAAAAUGGUUCCCUUCCUAGAGGAGUUCGAAAAAGAACAAAUGUGUAAGUUCUACAAAGAGAGAGGGUUGGAAGUGCCAAAACCAGUGGUGGUCUCCCCUCCGGUUCCUGUUGUGUUGAAGAGGCAGAAGAAGGAUAACAUUCCCCAGUCUGUGUUCACCAUUCCUCCCGAGCUGGAUGUCUCUCUGCUGCUGGAGUUUGUUGGGGCUGAAGAGGGCAUCAAUAACUAUAAGCCCUUAGAGAGGCGGUACGUUCGUGUGUCGGGCGAGGCCACUGUCCGCCACGUGGAGCUGUUUAUCAGGAGAAAGAUGGAGCUGAGCUCUACCUGCCAGGUGGAUGUGGUUUGUGGAGAUCACCUCCUAGAUCACUACCAGUCACUCAAAGACAUACAGAACUCUGUGGGUGAAGAAGCACUACAGGAUGGUCUGUUGGUGCUGCACUUUGGCCUGGUCCUGCCCUCCCAGUCUUGAGCACGAGAGGUGGAUGUAGUUCAUUCCUGAGGAGAUGAAUUGAACUUUUUGACUUUGUUUCUGAUCAUAUGACUCUUGUCAUAAUGUGAAGUAAAGUUUCUACAUUGGCAUAAGUACUCUACAACUGUCGUGGAUGUGCUAGGAUUGUCACCAUCUACUCACAAAACAUCUGAUAAAACUUGUAACUUAAAUGUAACAAAAGAGUAGCAGGUGGCAGGCUAAACAUUUCAUGUGUAACAUAAAGUCCAAGAACUUUACACUUUCUUUCUUCAUUGAACAGUCUGAAAUGUAUCUUGUUUUCAGGACAACCCAUGUGUCUGCUAUAAUUGGCUGGACACAAGUGACAUACAGCAUGCAAAAUACAUUUUACCUGAUGAAUGGAAAUGACACGUUCCUAGUCCUACUGCCAAGGUAUCUUUACACAUUGUUUAUUGUGCUUCCACUGCAAGACUAGGACUGCGGCUGUAGCUAACUGGACCACUAACCAGUGUCAGUGGGUCUGGAACCUUUCAACAGUUAUGUCUGUGAAGGCAAUACGAUGUGUUGACUGAAAAGCUGCGUCAGUCUAGUUUACUUAUCUUUUUGGAAACCAGGGACCGGUAUCAUGUGAUUUAAAGGGUUUGAAACCAAAGGACUACCACUACCAAAGGGGGGAGGGGCGUGUGUGUCUGUGUGUGUGUUUUUAAUUUAAGGGCUUUUGUAUAGACUGUCAGCUGAUGUAAAUUGAUGUUUAACUCACCAAAACAGCAGUUAUUUAAAGGGAGUUUGUAUAGUUUUUGAUGGGCUUUGUUAACAAUAACUUUCCUACUUGUUUUUGUCAUAAUUAAUAAAUAACUGCAGUGGGGAAUGUUUCUCAA